UGCUGAACAUCUGGGAUUGAUCACAGGAUCACAAACUGAGAAGUAGUCAUCUGGCUCCUAGAAAUAAACACAUUCAUUCCCUCUGCCACAAUGUUACUUCCUUAAUGAUAAAAUGCAACAGCCAUUUUAAGUCCUUUUAAUCUUUUCAGCCACAGUAUUUUUAACUUUUUAGUGAUUUUUAGUAUUAUCUUUUCACUUCAGAUGAUGGCAAACUGCAUUUGACCUUGGACUGGCAGCGUUUGGGAUUGCCCACAGAAUUGAUUCACUACUUUCCUCCAAAAUUUUCUGGUACAAUGGUAGCCUUACAAGUCCAUUUUUUGCUGAUUCCAUCCCUCAUGAGCGUCAUGGGAGCAGCACAGCACACGAUGCAGGAUGCAGCCCUGCUGAGAUACAUCGACCAGCGUUUUCUCUCUCUGGAGAAGAGGCUGGAGAAAUGCAACCAGGACGUGCUGGAAUACGUGGAUGAGUUCCGAGAGUUUUCCAGGAUGGUGCUGUCCCGCCUGGCAGGACUGAACACUGACAAGGCUGAGGUAAAGAGGGAGGUGGAGAAUUUGCUAACGAGGAUCGAGCACGCGCAGAGGGACAUUGACUAUUUUGGAUCUGUCAUGGAUUCCAACGCCUGCGUGGAAGUGCACGAGGACCUGCUGAAGCAGCAGCUGCUGGAAGAGGCAGAAGAAAAGAAGAGACUUAAAGUCAUGCUUAAUGCAAGUUGUGACUACGUGCUUGCAGGUAUUAGGUCCCUAAAGGUAGUUAAGAAGACUGGAGAAAAACAUGGCUCUUGGAUGAAAGAUCCUGGCAAAAAGCAUGGGAAGAUUUAUUUAUUAAGUGGUUCUGUAAAUAAUGUGAUUUUGGAAUUUGCAAAUAUCAUGAGUUUCAUGGAAAACAAUCAGACACUGAAGGCCCGCCGAGUCCCCUUGCCAUUGCCCUGGGAAGGAACUGGCCACGUCAUCUACCAGGGUUUCCUCUUCUACCACAGACACGGCUCCUUAAAUGAGAUCGUUAAAUUCAAUAUCCAGAGAAGAAACGUAGCUGACCAGAUGCUGCUGCCAGGGGCUGGAAGGAUUCCUGCCUACCAGCUCUCUCCACAGACAAAAAUAGACCUGGCUGUUGACGAGCAGGGGCUGUGGGCCCUCCACGCGGAACCAGAGACCGGGGGGAACAUUGUCAUCACCAAAAUCAGCCCCGUGGCCAUGGCCGUGGAGCACAGCUGGGACACGCCCUGCAGCAGCAAGGGUGCUGAGGCGGCUUUCAUGGCCUGCAACACCCUCCACGUGGUCUACAACUCUCCUUCUGGAGGCUCCUCCCGCAUCCAGUGUGUUUAUGAUGUUUUGGAUGCUCUAAAUGCUUACGUAAACCCAGGACUGCACUUCCCCAAACGCCAGGGUAGCCACUCCACCGUACAUUACAAUCCUAAAGAAAAGCAGCUCUUUGCUUGGGGUGAUGGAUCCCAGAUCAUUUACAAGCUUCACACAAAGCAAAAAGUUGAAAACCUUUAGCAGCUGUUCAAAUAGACCGAAAAGCCACCAGUCCCAGGUCAACACAGCCAUUAAUGUGUAUUAAAAUUACAUUAUUCCCUUCUGUUACAACUUUCAUCCAUUUUAUAUAAGGCUUAUGUACCCAGAAAUCUUAAUGCCCAAUAAAGGAUAUGUGAAGACUUUAUUAA